CAAUCUUUGACUCUCACCAUUAUCCUUGAAGCUUAAAGCUUGAAGCACUGCCUCGUAUUGCCCCACCUUCGAAAAUAUUCAUAAAAUGGUGGUUACGCGCUGUCAAUUACGGUUGACAGACUUCAUCGCCGGCAACGAUCAGAAUAUGAACCAUUUGUCGGUUUUUCUGAUUUUCAUUCGUUCUCAUAACAUAGUUCACUCCUCAAACAAAUCUACUCAUACAUUAUGAUCAAUUUCUCCGGAAUUUAUGUAGGUCUCGCGGUCAAUCAUCGGACUGUGAAUGAAGGAGGUGGCGGUCCGUCGUUCUGUGAAUAGAAGAAACUUCAGUCUUGGAGGGUCAGCUGUUGCUUGCAGGUUAGGAACUCAUUGUACAACCUCGUGUCUUUACCCGUAUAAGAAGGAACAUUGAAAUGGCGAUUUUGAAGGCUUUUGUCAUCGACUUUGCCCUCAAUGCGACUGUUAUAUCCACUUCUGCUCGUACCCACGGUGCUAUGUUCGUCUUUGGAGUCGCGGAAAUUCACCCUUGAAUCUCGCGCUACCAACAUUGAUGGUUCAUUACCGACGUACAAAAACCCAGAAGCAUCCAUUGAAGAUCGGAUUGGAGACCUGUUACCAAGGAUGACGUUGGAAGAGAAGGUUUCUCAACUCAUUCAAGGUGAUAUCAAUGGAUGGAUGUCUGCUUUGGACGAUCCGUUAGACAACACUCUCAGUUUCAAUCAGUCUGGCUUGGAAGAAAUGAUGCGCCUGAAAGGCGGAUCUAUCUGGGGCGGUUACCUUAUGACAUACGAGAAGUUUGUAUUUGCUGUUGAGGUCGGGCAGAGAUACCUAAUGGAAAACACGACUCUGGGCAUACCGGCGUUGAUUCAGAGCGAAGGUCUACAUGGCUUUACCAAUAACGGAACGAUAUUCCCUUCACCUAUUGGCCUUGCCGCUUCCUUCAACCGGGAUGUCGUCAAGUCCAUAGCUUCUAUCGUCUCUGACGAAGCCGAAGGUCUCGGUAUCAACCAUAUAUUUGCCCCGGUUUUGGACCUAUCUCGGGAACUGCGUUGGGGCCGAGUUGAAGAAAAUUACGGAGAAGAUCAUUUUUUGACCGGCGAGCUGGGUUUCGCAUUCGUAAGCGGGAUCCAGGACGGUACGAGGAGGAACGUUACAGCAGGGAGAAGUGGCGGUUUACGAAAACGGAUGGCCGCGACCUGUAAGCACUUCGUGGCGUUUGGAAGCCCUAUGACGGGAUUGAACCUGGCCCCUGUUGUAGGAGGUGAACGGGACCUGCGUUCCACCUAUCUUCCACCUUUCGAACGCGCAUGUUUAGAGAGUCUCAGUAUGAUGACCUCGUACUCGGCGUACAAUGGUAUACCUACCAUCGCCGAUAAAAAUAUACUCACUAACAUCCUUCGAGAUGAAUGGGGAUACAAGUAUUGGGUGACCUGUGAUGCCGGAUCUGUGGAUCUACUGUACAAACAACAUUUUACGUGUGAGACACGAGAGUGUUCGGCCAAAGCUACCAUCGAAAACUUCAGUGGCGAGAUGGGGGGUGGAACGUACACCUACCUUACACUUCCUGAUCAGGUGAAAGCUGGACAACUCGACGAGAAGUACAUCGAUGAAACUGUCAAGUACCUUUUACGAGUCAAGUUCACGUUAGGUCUUUUCGAGAAUCCUUACCCGUAUCCAGAUUAUCUGAAAACCAUUCGCACAUCCAAAUCCCGCGAAGCGCUUCAUACCGCAGACCUCGAGUCAAUUGUCCUUUUGGAGAAUCGCAAGAAUACAUUACCCUUGAGCAAGGAUAUAAGGAGCAUCGCUUUGAUCGGCCCGCAGGCUGAUCAGGUUACGUUCGGAGAUUAUGUCUUCUUCAACGCGACCCUCAAUGGAAUAACACCCCUAGGAGGCUUCAAGCAAUUCCUAUCAAAUUCAUCCAGUUCCACGAAAAUAAACUAUGCUGAAGGCUGUAAACUGUGGUCAAACGAUGAGAGUGGGUUUGAUGAAGCAGUGAAUGCUGCGCAGUCCUCUGAUGUUGCGAUCGUUAUGAUCGGAACCUGGUCGCGAGACCAGACCUUGUUAUGGUCCGGUCUGAACGCAACUACAGGAGAACAUGUCGAUGUUCACGAUCUCGGUCUUGUCGGCGCUCAACUAAAAUUAGUGCAAGCUGUUAAGGCCACCGGCAAACCGACCGUUGUUGUCUUCGUUAGCGGAAAACCCAUAGCAGAGCCUUGGAUUCACGACCACGCCGAUGCAGUCAUACAGCAGUUCUAUCCUGGGGAACUUGGCGGUCUGGCCAUCGCUGAAGUCAUCUUUGGUGCUUACAAUCCAUCAGGCAAAUUACCGGUAUCGUUCCCAAGAGAUGUAGGGACUACGCCGGUAUUCUACAACUAUCUGAAAGGAGCUAGGCCCAUGACAGACUUCGGAACGACAACAGAUAACGGGACUCUGGUGUUUGGACAUCAGUAUGUUCUCGAAAGCCCUAUACCUCUGUGGAGCUUCGGCCACGGAUUGAGCUACACCACAUUCAACUACACCGAUUUCACCCUCAAUCCUUCAACGAUCGGGCCAACGGAUAGUUUCAACGUCACAGUCACCGUUCACAACACGGGUUCUGUUGAUGGACAAGAAGUCGUUCAGGUCUAUGCCACGGACGUCUUCAGCUCUGUGGUAACUGCUAAUCAGCAGCUUGUCGGUUUUGAGAAAGUUCAGAUUCCCGCGGGAUCUUCGAGUUGAGCCCGGAACAUUCAUGAUCAAAAUAGGAACAAGUGAUCAAACCUUCGCUAAAACCAACCUUACUGUGCGAUAAAAUAUAAAAUAGUCGUUUGGCGAAAGGUGUAGGUAUUCUGGAUGUAAAAGAAAGCGUCGUUGACAUGAGUCUCCAAAUGGUCAGCGUCGGCUAUGACUGUGCAUUCCAGCCAGUUUCUCCCACGACAAAUAUAAUCAUUUUAUGUAUAAGCCUUCAAAAGGCGGUACAACGUAACUCCAAUGCAUGUUGGAUUCUUCGUUGGCUAUUCAUGAUAAUCCGAUUCGGAAUGUCAUAGUUGGGAUGCCAGGGAAAGGACUCAAGUAAACCGGGUAAUCACAAUUCAACAAUUCAAUCAUUUGUAAUAUUCUUGGUAAUACUGUUCUCAGCCCCAACUCAGCC